ACUAACACCAUUCUCAUUUGCAAGGACGCAAGAAAAAAAAGACGAUAUAGCUUCUUAAGAAAAACUAUAUCUGCACCGACGACAGAAACAAGCCAAAAGAGAAGAUGUCACAAGCUGAACAAAGCAGAAAGCUCUAUGAGCACAGGAAAAGUCUCCUGCAGGAACUGAAAAGGUCAUAUGAUGCAAGUGAAGAGCCUGAUAAACAGCAGUUAUGGGAAAUGAUCACGAAUGAACUGCAAGACAUCCUGAAGAAAUACACCUUAGACUUCUCAAAAGAACAAAUGAAGAUCUUCAAUGACCCUAUUCAUGGCCACAUUGCUCUGCACCCCCUGCUGGUGAAAAUCACAGACACUCCUCAGUUUCAGAGACUCAGACACCUCAAACAGCUCGGAGGAACGUAUCUGGUGUAUCCCGGAGCUUCACACAACCGAUUCGAGCACUCCAUUGGUGUGGCGUAUUUAGCCGGACGCCUGGUCAAGAGUCUUCAUGACAAUCAGCCGGAGCUCAAAAUCACCAAACAGGAUUUUCUGUGUGUUCAGAUCGCUGGUCUGUGCCAUGAUUUGGGUCAUGGCCCACUUUCACAUGUAUUUGAUGCCCUGGUUAUUCCUGAAGCCAAGAAAAUAAAGACAAGAAAAGGUUUGCCUGAUGAUAUCCCUGAAAGCUGGAAGCAUGAGCAGAUGUCAGUGCUGAUGUUUGACAGCAUUGUGAAGAGUCUAAAUGAGGAGGUGUUGAGGGAACAUGGACUCACUGAUAACGACGUCAUCUUCAUUAAAGAGUUAAUCGAAGGGGCAAAAGCCUCAGAUAAUGAGUGGCCGUACAAGGGCAGAAAUGUUGAGAAAUCCUUCCUCUACGAGAUUGUGGCAAAUAAACAAAACGGCAUUGAUGUGGACAAAUGGGACUAUUUUGCACGAGACUGUCAUCACCUUGGCAUUCGAAACAGCUUCGACCAUCUCCGACUGCUGAAAUUUGCUCGAGUUUGUGUAGUGAAUGGAAGAAAGCACAUCUGCUUCAGAGACAAGGAGGCUGAUAAUGUCUAUGACAUGUUUCGCACCCGAUACACACUCCAUCGCCAGGCCUAUCAACACAAGAUCGGGAAUAUCAUUGAAGACAUGUUUGCUGAAGCACUUCUACUUGCUGAUCGUGACCUUCACGAAGAUAGACCUGCAGAUAUGCUGAAAAUCUCUGAAGCCAUAAAGUCAGUGGAGGAUUACAGCAAACUUACAGAUGAGAUCUUUGAGCAGAUCUUGUCCUCCACCUCUCCUAAUCUGAAGGAAUCCAGAGACAUCCUGGACAAGAUCAUGAGAAGAAAACUGCCAAAGUUUAUCGGAGAAACUCGUCUGACUAAGAAAAUCAAGUCAAUGGAAGAGCUUAAAAAUAGCUGGAAGGCAGCAAUAGAGAAGUACAAACCAACAGACCCUAAUGUUAACCUGACGACUGAAGAGCUGCCGGUUUAUGUGGUUGAUCUGGAUCACGGCAUGAAGGACAAAAACCCCAUUGAACAUGUUUAUUUCUACAGCAAGAGAAAACCCAAUGAAGCUUCAACCAUUGAGGAUUAUCAGCUGUCCAGUUUCCUGCCAAACAAGUUUAAUGAAGAGCUGGUCAGAGUUUAUUACAGAGGAUCUGGUCCUGUCAAAGAGGAGGAGAAGAAGAUGGAGGAGGCCGAGAAGUGUUUCCAGACCUGGUGUUGAUCCAGUCUAAGCCUCCAGGCAGCGCAGUAAUUAACACGUAUGUGUGUGUAUAUAUACACACACUGUUAACGAAUUUAGUAAAUGACAGAGUAUUUAACUUAUAACAUACAGUUAUGCGGUAUGUUACUGUAUUUUAAAGUUGCAUUGUGAAAAUGACUAUAUUUUACACUAAAGAUAUACAAUACUGUAAAUACAUAUACAGCCAGAUAAACGGUGCUGUAAAUGUAAACAGUAUUUUUGCUGCAAUCAAAUUACAAUAAGUUACUGUAGUUUCUACAGGUCAUUGUUAACAGUGUGUAUAUAUAUAUAUAAAUAUAAAUCAGUUAAUUAUGAUCGUAACAAUUUUAUCAGCAUACUUAUUAUUGAUAAAGUGUAUCCCUUAUAUGAAGGAGAGAGAAAAAAGUUGUCUCAGCUAUAAAAGAUGUCUUAUAUUAUGCACUGCAAAACAAGACUAGUGAAUAAACCCAUUGGAACAGUUAA